AUGCAUCAGUUUGAUCUACUGUACAUACCCCAUGAUCGGUUGUAUGGCAAUACGUAUAAGUACAUCCUGACAGGCAUUGAUGUUGCUUCAAGGUACAAGGUGGCUAGACCCCUACGUACCAAAAAAGCCUGCGAGGUUGUGGAGAUGAUCAAGGACAUUUAUAAAGCAGGGAUUCUUCGAUACCCCAAAAUUUUUCAGUGUGACAAUGGUUCUGAAUUUAAGUCAAAUGUAACCAGGCUGCUGGAGGACAAAAGUGUUGAGAUUAAAAGGGUCACUACCAAGUAUCAUCAUACAUAUACGGCCUUUGUAGAGUCCUACAACAAAGUAGUCGCAGAAAGGCUCUUUAAGCCUCAUGGAUGCACAAGGUCUGGUCUAUGGGGAGCCUAG